GAGUUGACACAAGGCUCAAGUUUACGAUUGAACCGUCGCUGGGAAAGAACGGAUUCCAGCAGUGGUAUGACGCCCUCAAAGCUGUGGCAAGACUUCCCACUGGGAUACCAAAGGAGUGGAGGAAAAGGGUUUGGCUAACGCUAGCGGACCAGUACCUCCACAGCAUCUCCAUCGACUGGGAGAAGACCCUUCGCUUCGCCUUCAACGAGCGCAGCAACCCGGAUGACGACUCCCUCGGCAUCCAGAUCGUCAAGGAUCUGCACAGGACGGGCUGCAGCUCCUAUUGCGGCCAGGAGGGGGAGCAGGACCGGGUGGUGCUGAAGAGGGUGCUGCUGGCCUACGCCCGCUGGAAUAAAGCUGUGGGCUACUGCCAAGGGUUCAACGUUCUGGCUGCUCUUAUACUGGAGGUUACAGAAGGAAACGAGAGUGAUGCUCUGAAGGUGAUGAUCUACCUGAUUGACAAAGUGCUGCCCGACAGCUAUUUUGCCAACAACUUGCGUGCACUGUCAGUGGACAUGGCGGUGUUCAGAGAUCUGCUGCGUCUAAAGCUGCCCAGACUGUCCCAACACCUCCACCACCUCCAGAAAGCAGCCAACCGAGAAGCUGGAGGCAGCUACGAGCCUCCGCUGACCAACGUUUUCACUAUGCAGUGGUUCCUAACCAUGUUCGCCACCUGCCUGCCGGCGCCCACCGUGCUCAAGAUCUGGGAUUCGGUGUUCUUCGAGGGAUCGGAGGUGCUGUUUCGGGUCGCCCUAGCCAUCUGGGAGAGACUGGGGGAGAGGAUCGAAUACUGUCAGACAGCCGAUGAGUUUUACAGCACAAUGGGAUGCCUCACUCAGGAGAUGCUGGAGCACAACCUCAUCGAUCCUGCUGAACUCAUGCAGGAGGUCUACUCCAUGGCGGUGUUUCCCUUCCCCCAGCUGGCCGAGCUGAGAGAGAAGUACACCUACAACAUCACUCCAUUCCCUACCUCAGUGAAAUCCAACGGAAGUGGUGGUUUGGGCGGCUGGGACAGCGAUGACGACGCCGACAUGGAUGACGAAGACUCGGUGGUGACGGCGCUCGGCUGUCUGGGGCCCCUGGGCGGCCUGCUGGCCCCCGAGCUGCAGAGAUACCAGAAGCAUCUCAAAGACCAGCGAGGCGAGCAGGGGAACAUGGCCGAGCUGAGCCCGGGAGCGGUGGGAGCUGGAGGAGCUGGAGGAGCAGGAGGAGGUGGAGGAGGAGCUGGAGGAGGAGGUGCCAGAGCAGAGCACCAGGCGGCCAUCAACAGCAUGAUGAUGGAGAGGAUGAGCACCGACAUCUACGCCCUGAAGAAGCAAUACGCCCGCAUCAAGAGGCGGCAGCAGCAGCAGGCUAUGCAACUCUACAUACGCACAGGACCUGAACCUGAAGUGGCCACAAGUCCAGGGGUUCCUCAGGAGGGUUUCAACAAACACAGCAACAGUACUGAGCUCCACACUGACGACAAGUGUCCUGCCACCCGAGUCCUGGCCUCCCAGCUCAACCCCUCCAGUUCAGUGAUCAACCACCUCCUUCUGGGUCGGAAACCCCGCGGAGCUCCCCGAGGCUGCACGUCCACGCUGCCGGGGGGCCGAGCUCCGUCCCUCUCCCAGAGCCAGGGCUCCCCGGCCAGGCAGCGCUGCGGCUCGCUGCCCUCCACCAGCACCGGAUCUCCAGGGAGCUGUUCAGGAGGCGCGGGGUCACCUUGGCGAGCUCACGUCCGGCAGCACCGGAGGAACGUAGCCAGGGCUCGAGCGCAGCUGGGCUUCGGAGAUUCAGAGGAGAGGGAGGACGAGGAGGACGAGGAGGAAGAAUCGGCGAGGCUGGAAGGUGACGAGGAGAGGAAGGAUGAGGGAAACGAUGAAGGUGAUGAGCAGAAAGAGUGGAGCGAAGCCUCUGCGCCGCCGUCUCCUGAUUCCUCUGGUGUGGGGUCAGUAUGCGAAGAGGCUCCACAGGGUUCGGAUGUGACUGAAGAAGCAGAGGUGGCAGAGGUGGUGGUGCAGCUGGACUCCCUGGAUCUGGAUUCAAACACAGAUGCACAACCAGAAUUGGUAGAGUCCAAACCUGCAGCCCAAGUCCCUCUUCUGCCUCCACCACCGCCUUCAGGCCGACACAAAGAGUCCGACUCCUCGGGUUCAGAAAGAACCUCUGACAGACAGUUUCCCUCCGUGGCUCCUCCUCACCACUCCUCCAACUCCUGCAUCCCCUCCUCCCCACCCUCCACUCCGUCCACAUCUCCUGUUCCUACAUCAGCUUCUCCCACCAUGACCUCCACCCCAAACUCCCGCCUCCCAUCCUCCUCGUCCGCCAACGGUUUGUCCGCUCUCUCUCCUCCUGCCUCCUCCUCCACCUUUUACAAAACGUGCUCCCCCUCCACCCCUUCGCUCUCCUCCAUCGCCUCGUCGUCUAAAUCCCACAUCUCCUCGUCGCCGUCCACCCCGGCGCUCUCAUCUUCCACCUCCGCUCCCAAGCAGCAGAUCUACACGCCGUUCCCCUCCGUGAAGCAGCCGAGGAAAUCGGCGGCGGCCCGGAACCUCGGCCUCUACGGCCCCACGUCCAGAACGCCCACCGUCCACUUCCCUCAGCUCAGCCGCAACCUCAACCGGAGCAGCGGCGCCGGGACGACGGGGAGGCGAUGAGAGAAGCCGGAAACACAAUCAUUCUACAACCGCACCACGUUGCCUCCUCAAGAGAACACCCCACAUUCAAUCUGAGUGAAAGAGAUUCACCUGAUGGAGAAACGAAGUUCAUAAGCCAUCACAGACGAACACUGAAGAAGUAGCUGACUGUUAAGUGUAAAGGAAAUUGUUUUAGCUGCAUUGGUCCUCUACAUCGGAGGAGUUUGGGACAGAAUCAAGCCCUUUACAGUGACCUAUGCAGGUUGUCUCCACCAUAACGGAUACAUGAUAUAUAUAAAAAACUGAAAAUGUGAUUUGUGACACUGACUGCAUCUCUCUAGUAGCAGUAAAGACGAUUCUCCCUGGACUGAAACCAGGACAAACGCUCCCUUUGGGACUUUUACGGACCACAUUUAACAACAUAAUGAAGCAUCUUUUCCUCUCAGUUUGCACAAUAGCCAUCCAGUUGUUUCUAAGCCAAGUUUUAACAACAAAAAAAACAACUACACAUAAAACAACACAUACCUAAGAGUGUAAAACUUGUGCUCAAACACCUGCCCGAUCUCAAUGAUGUCCCGAAGCACUUGUAAUAGUAAAGUCAUUCUGUGUGUGUACUCUGUGUAUCUCACCUGUCGAACACAAGGAAUGUAAUCGUGUGAGACCAGCUGGGUUGUGUUUGCUCUGACCGUCUGGGUGUGAAUACUGUGUACAUGAAAUGUGGUGGAUCUGAACAUAAAACAAGGUUUUCACUCGGA